UUUUGCAUAGUGUAUUCAAUUGUUCAUUUUAACAUCGAAAUGCAAUGGAAUAAACCAAAAUAACCAUACAGAAAUUGCAAUUUUAAGCAUGUUGCUUCUUUCAGCAAAAUGUGGAUAAAAGAAAACAGCAGAAUAUAAACAAGACCUUAAAUGUCAUUCUGCAGUUAUUGGUCUUCCUUGGUUGUCUUUUUCCAACCAUGUACAAGACAAAUGCCAGUUUUCAUUAAAUUUUCGUACAAAUAAGUUAAAAAUUUCAAGUUUGCAAUGUCUUUAGAAAAUGAUAGUGAUUAUGGAGACGAAUCAAUGCAUAAAAAGCCAGCAGCCAAACCAGUGCAAGAUGAGGAAGAUGAAACUUUUGAUCUGGAUGACAUACUGCCAACAAUUGGAGAAUUUGGCAAAUAUCAGAAGCUAUUGGUUUUUGGUAUAUGCCUGCCUGCUUGUAUACCUUGUGGCUUUUGUGCCUUCAAUCAACUGUUUAUGGCUGAUACCCCUGAAGAUUAUUGGUGUAAAAUACCGGAAUUACUUAAUAUAUCAUUGGAACAAAGAAAACAUUUGGCUUUGCCACCAGAUAUGGAACAUGAUACCGGUUUGCAUAGCAAGUGUUUUCGCUAUGCGGUCAAUUGGAGUGAAAUACUUGAAAAUACCAAUAUAAAGGACUUGGAACCAAAUGCCAGUUGGCCUGUGGAAAAGUGUAAACAAGGUUGGGAGUUUAACACCACGGAAGUGUGGUCUUCCAUAGUAAUAGAUUAUGAUUUAGUUUGCGAUCGGGAUAUUUAUCCCACAAUUGGUUUGGCAGCCUUAAAUGUUGGCGGUCCUAUUGGUGUUUAUCUAUUUGGCUUGCUAAAUGAUCGUGCUGGACGGCGUACUUCAUAUUUUACCUGUUUGGCAACUUUGCUGAUCGGCAGCUUGAUCACUUCUUUGAGUAAGGAUUUUUGGACUUGGGCUGGUAGUCGGGUUAUAGUCGGUCUAACCAUACCAGCUGUUUAUCAAAUACCAUUUAUUAUUUCUCUCGAACUGGUUGGCGAAAGUUAUCGUUCAUUUGUUACCGUUAUGACUUGCACCUUCUACACUUCGGGCAUUAUGUUACUUUCCGUGGUGACCUAUUUAGAAAGGGAUUGGGUUAAACUCUCCUAUUACACCUCCGUGCCUUUCUAUAUAUAUUUUUUGUACUUAUUUGUAAUGCCAGAAUCACCAAGAUGGUUGCUAAUGCGAGGACGGCUAGAGGAGGCUUUAAAGAUAUUGGAAAAUAUGGCAAGAGUGAAUGGCAAUCAGUUUCCGGAAGCAGUUAAAAUAAAACUUGAGGCACAAAUAUCGCGUAAUAAACUAAAAGAGAAAAAGAAAACUGUUAAUGCAGGUCUAGCUGAUUUGUGCAGAACUCCAAAUAUGCGUUUGAAAACCAUAUUAAUAACAUUAAGCUGGUUUGCGAAUGAAACCGUGUAUUUGGGUUUGAGCUAUUAUGGACCUUCACUGGGCAGCAAUCAAUAUGUCAGCUUCUUUCUAUCAGCUGUAGUGGAAAUACCAAGUUAUUUGGUAUGUUGGUAUUUAAUGGACUGUUGGGGUCGUAGAUGGCCUUUAAGUUUAUCCAUGAUAUUGGGAGGAGUGGCCUGUGUUAUAACUGUUAUGAUACCCGAUGAUGCUGUCGAUGAAACAUUAAUCUUGUAUUUAGUGUCCAAAGCUUUACUUUCCGCUUCAUUUUUAAUUAUAUAUCCGUUUGCUGGUGAAUUGUAUCCUACCCAGGUGCGUGGCAUAGGCAUUGGUGUAUCCAGUUAUGUGGGAGGUCUGGGUCUUAUAGUUAUACCAUUUGUAACAUAUUUGGGCAAAGAAAAUCUAAAAUUACCUUUGGUUAUCAUGGGCUUUGUUUCCAUGCUAGGUGGUAUUACUGGUCUUAGAUUACCUGAAACUCUGCACCAUCGUUUGCCACAAACUAUCGAAGAAGGCGAAGAAUUUGGCAAAGACUGGAACUUAAAUGCCUGCCUUCAUUGUCGAUCAGCCGAAACUACUGCUUCUCAGCCCUCAUCUUAUGAAAAUCUUGAUGUUUUACACUCAAAUACCGCCUCAGAUGUUGAGCUGGAAAUGAAUGCAUCGACUAGCGGUAGGCGCCAACGACCCAAAUCUAUUGUAGAUGAACGUACACCUUUGGAUGGUAGUCGUCCAAGUCGACCAUCUAUGAGACGCUUGGUACGCCAAAUGAGUGUAAUGGACACUCAAAGGACAGAAGAUGGUACUAUGCAGUUAACUCAUUGGAUUUAAAGGAAGGAAGCGUUUGUAAA